AUGUCCACCACCCCUCAACAACCCCCAUCCCCCCUCCCACCAACCGCCCCCGACCGCGCCAUAGGCACAAUCCUCGGCUCCGCCCUCGGCGACACAAUCGGCCUCUACACCGAAUUCCUCACCCAAGACGCCGCGCGAAAAGCCUAUCCAUCCGCGAAAUUCAGCCUCGUCGAGCCCGUGACCCCGUUGCUGGGUGAUAGCCACCGGGACCGCUUCCCCCCCCGUACCUGGACCGACGACACAGACCACGCCCUCCUCUUCCUCCUAACCUACCUCUCCACCCCGACCCCCACCCCCCUCUCCGCCCCCCUCUUCGCCGCGCGCCUCCGCCGCUGGACCCGCGAGGGCAUCCGCGCCCUCUCCCGCCCCCCCCUCGGCACAGGAAACACCAUCGCCGGCGUCGUGUCCAGCGCAAACUACCUCUCCGACCCAGCGCAAGUCUCGCGGGAGUACUGGAUCCGACAUGGGCGCAGGAUGGCGGCGAACGGGAGCUUGAUGCGGACGCAUGUGAUUGGUGUUCUCGGGGCGCCGGGGGGAGAAGAGGAGGUGUGGAGGGUUGCGGCGGAGGUGGGGGUUGUGACGCAUGCGGAUCCGAGGUGUGUUGUUGCGUGUUGUGUUGUUGGGGGAUUGGUUAGGGGGUUGGUUAGGGGGACGGUCGUGCGGGAGGGGGAUGUAGAUUGUUUGCUGGAGAGGAGUUGGGCGUGGGUGCGCGCGAGGGGGGAGUAUGCUGAUCCGAGGGCUGGGGAGGGGGAAGGCGAUGUCCUAACGGACGAACAAGCUGCUCGCCUGCUCGACAAGGCGGAGUUCGACAGACAUGUUUAUGCAGACACGUACGCGCAGCUCGCGCUGGAUGAGAGGCGCAGCAUGGGCUACGUGUAUAAGUGUCUUGGCGCGGCGAUUCUCGCGCUGCGUCUUGCUAUGCGCGGCUGCGCUGGUGGAUAUAACAACGACUACGACGACAACAACAACAACAAGAACGACAACGACAACACCAACGCACACCUCUUCGAACGCAUAAUCACAGACCUAGUAAUGCAAGCCGGCGACGCAGACACCAACGCCGCUGUCGCGGGCGCGCUUGUCGGCGCGUGGGUCGGUCGAGCGGGGCUGCCUGCGCACUGGGCUGAUGGGCUUGUGCAUGGGGAGUGGCUUGUUGGGAAGGCGGAGGAGGCGGUGCGGGUAGCUGGGAUUGGCGGGGAUGCGGAAGGACAGGGGGAGUAUGUGCCUUCCCCGGACACGGCGCCGGAUUUCGGCAUGGGGGAGAUGACGGAGCGGGAGGUUUUGGCGAUGGAGAGGGGGGUGUGGGAGAGGAUGUUGGUGCGGAAGAGGGAGCGGGAGGAGGAGGAGCGGAGGAGGAAGGGGUGGGGGAUUAUGGGGUUUGUGAGGGGGUGGAUGGGGUGA